UUUGGUUGGGUUACCAUGGUUCUUGCUGACGAAUUAGCCCCUGCAACCUGGCAAGAACAUCCCCGUAUUGCGGUUACUACAGUUACUGGCGGGGGAGGGGCGGGGUUUAGAGGAAGCGGAAGUGCCGGUGCAAGCGGAAGUGGUACUGCCCUGAAGAUCCCGAAGAGCAAGACGGAGGACAGAGAAAGAGACUCCCAACGUCCAGAAAUAAAAGCAGAAAUAAAAGCGCAUUAAAUAUGAGUUCCACUGCGUGUGACCUGCCUCACGACACCUGAACGUGUCGCGGCUGGGGUAUUGGGGUUUAACAUGAACACAAAGGGCGGUAAUACCGUGUCUGAGGGAGGGGAGGGAAGAGGUGUCUAUUGUGGUUUGGGCUCGGAGCAAGCACUUAGGCCGUGCAGUGAAUAUCACAGCCAGGAGCGGUUCCUGAAAUUGAUUAAACCGGGAGAGCCGGGCGAUAUUACAACGAGAAGUCAUACUGGUUUGGAAUCUGAGCUCCAGGUGUUUCUAACUUCUGAGAUGGAUAAGAGUGAUCUGGUACAGAAAGCUAAGCUGGCCGAGCAGGCAGAGCGCUAUGAUGACAUGGCUGCUGCCAUGAAGGCAGUGACUGAACAGGGGCACGAGCUCUCCAACGAGGAGAGGAACCUGCUGUCCGUCGCCUACAAGAACGUGGUGGGAGCCCGCCGCUCCUCCUGGAGAGUCAUCUCCAGCAUUGAACAAAAAACCGAGGGCAACGAGAAGAAACAGCAGAUGGCCCGCGAGUACCGUGAGAAGAUCGAGGCUGAGCUGCAGGAUAUCUGCAACGAUGUGCUGGGUCUUCUUGACAAGUACCUCAUUGCCAAUGCUACCCAGGCAGAAAGCAAGGUUUUCUACCUGAAAAUGAAAGGGGAUUAUUACAGAUAUCUCUCUGAGGUGGCCUCCGGGGAUUUGAAGAAGACCACAGUUGAGAAUUCUCAGCAGGCUUACCAGGAGGCCUUCGAGAUCAGCAAGAAGGAGAUGCAGCCCACACACCCGAUCCGACUCGGGCUGGCUCUCAACUUCUCCGUGUUCUACUAUGAAAUCCUCAACUCUCCUGAGCAGGCCUGCAGCUUGGCAAAGACUGCUUUUGAUGAAGCAAUUGCUGAACUGGAUACCUUGAAUGAGGAUUCGUACAAAGACAGCACCCUGAUCAUGCAGCUACUAAGGGACAACCUCACUCUGUGGACAUCAGAAAACCAGGGAGAUGAAGGGGAUGCUGGCGAAGGAGAGAACUAAUGGGUGCCACGCUUCACUGUCUAUCCACUCCCACUCUUUAUCUUACACACAUCCAGCCCAUCCUCUGCUCCACCAGGAUCUUUCCCCUUCUGUAUGACAAGCAGCAUGAAUUGUACCUGACCUAUCAACUGUACCCUUCUCAGAUCCCUCACUGGUUACAGGGUGACAACUCCAGUUGUUAGCAGGCUCACAUCAUCUUUUUGUUUUGUUUGUAAAUUACACCAGGUCUUUACGUUGAGGCUUUUUUCUGUUUUAAUUUUUUUUUUUUUUUCAUUUAUUUUCUUUUGGAAGAACCUAGCAAGUUUGGCUUUAUAGUGUUCAUCAAUUAUUAUUAUUAUUAUUAUUAUUUUUUUUUUGUUACAUCAGUUUUUAUAGUGUAAAAUGUCGUGGCAUUUGCAGGUUUUAUUGGAAGGUUAUUAAACAGCAGGUUUAUUUUCACCAAACACUGUGAUGCUUAGUUUUGUAUUUUUAGUUUUUAUUCUUUUGUCUUUUUUUCUUUUUUUUUUGGUUGUAAAUCCCUUCUGGUUUAUAAAAUGCAUGUAUGGUUCUGUACUUGGGUAGCAGUACAGAGUACAAUUCUGCUGUCAGCGCAUACAGAACGGUUUAAAAGGCUGUAUUGUGACACUGAGAAAUGUGCAGAUUGCUGAGUGCUCAUGUUCUCAAUUUGAUUUGACAUGUUUUACAAAACGGGGGACCCCAGGUUUUGUCAUUCUGGAUGUGACAGUCUAUAAAACACCCCAUCAAGGCAUGAACAUCACAAAGAGUAACUUUUUAAAGGCGCUGUGGAGCAUGUGCUGAGCGACCUGUCAGGGUACAUGGAAUUCAAUUAAAGCUGCUGUCACCAGUGAAGUAAACAAGCUGCUCUUGUUGUUUUCUUCAUUUUUAUUUUUACCCUUGAUCUUUUUGGAUGAGAUUAUUAGUUGUGGUUUUCAGUGAUAGCAAUUAUGAAAAGUACAUUUAAAUGAUUUAAAUAAGUCUUAUACAGUAACAUUGUGAAGCUGCUUGCGUUUAGUAACAGUAUAACCGUUUAACUAAUUCCAGCCAUGCUUUAUUUGAAACACACUGUUAAAGGCCUUAUCCUGACAGCCUGAACGGACUAAAAUGAGUUUGGAUUCUUAAAAAGCUGAGUUAACCUGAUUGCUAGGAAAGUGUCCCCUUUUUUAUUUGUAUUUUUUAUUUUUUUUGUAAUUGGAUUCCUAGUGCAAGUCGGUUGCUAGACUGGUGUGGUCUCGAACAAAGACUAUUUAUUUGAAUCCUGAACAGGCAAGAAAUGGGCAAACCUCUUUGACCACUGACUUGAACAUGUGUUGAGUUUGGAAUAGAAAGUCUUGAAAAACAAGGCAGUGAGCAUUUCUUUAGUAAUACCGUACCUGUCUGCUCCAAGUAAAGGGUUAAAAUGGAUCUUUAACAUCCUGUUGAACUUGAAAAGUUUAAAUAUUUAGUGUCACAAUACCAUGCCACCUCCAUAACAUUCCACUUAGAUGUAGAAUUCAUGUGUCCGUCAGUCUCGUCUGCUGAAGACGAUGUUUCAUGCACUGAAUAAAAUCUCCCUUCUAGCUGAACAAAUGGCAGUUCAUAUUCUAUGCUUGAUAAAUGCAGUAGUGAAUGUGGGACGGAGCCUGUCUGUAUAUCUGGUAGCUCUUUUUGCUUUGUUUUUACUGACCAGUAUUCUGCCUAAAUUUUGCUUCUGUGACGGUUUUAUCGGCUAGCGCGCACGUGGUUGUGAAAAUAGUUUAGCUGAAAAAAAAAAAUUGAAAAACAACUACAAAAAAAAAAAAAAUUUCAAUACCUGGUUAUUGACGUAAUACUAGAUUUGUGUAUGUCUUUUAAAACCGUUCUAGUUUCACCUUACAUGUAAAUCAGGAAAGUGUAAAAGACAAUUCAAAGUGAAAUAAAAUUUUAUCAGUUCAGAA